AUGUCUCUCACAUUUUCCGCUCUAGCUCAGCAUGAGCAGUACAUGGCGUCCGCGUACAUGUCUCCCCCCUCAACUCCCGAACUUGACGACGAUACCUCCUCGGAAUGUUCGUACUAUUCGCUGCCCGACCUGCAGUACGACAGAUGGUAUCGCAACAUUCCGGCAAGUCAAGUUCGGGAGCAAGCCAGCCAGGUGCCUUGUCUCCCCGCACCUCCCAGGGCUGCAUACCCUCGAAAGUUCCACAACAAGGAACGCCUGGGUCUGCAGUCUCGUGGCCCUUGGACAGAGUAUCCGUUCUGCUUGAACAAGCGGUAUACUCAUGGUAACCCCGGCCCCGCUCGAUUGAUCGUCAAUCCCACCAAUCCGAGCGAGGUCGAUGUGGUUUACCAUCCAGAGCAGACCAACAGAAGGGUCUGCUUGGCAAACUACCGUCCAAGGGGGUACUCCAAGGGUGCUUGUUUGAAGCCGUCGCCAUUCAAUCCACUGCCGGCUAACAACACCUUUGGAGUACCUGAGGGGAUGGCUUACCGUGGACAGGAAGUCUACCAAGGUGUGGGUGCCUACUAUCACCCACAAACUGUACCUCUAAGUCCUGAGGCUGCGAUGUUUUCCCCGGUUUAUACCGGAAGUGCUUCACCAGUCCCCGCAUGGGGAUAUGGUGAAGCAGGGUAUUAUGCCCAUGCUUAUGGAAAUCAAUUUUUCUAUUAA